AUCGCGACACAGACCGCCACAGCGCCCGCGAAUCCGAGUGCCCGCGCACCGUCCACGCCCACGUCUGAACCCUUGAAGCAGUUGCGCGCAUCCACCGGCGACGCGUGCUAUAAGAUUCUUCAGCAAGCGAUGCGCCGGCACCGCUUGCCGUUGGAAGACUGGCGGAAGUAUGUUCUUGUGAUCUGCUACGGCGACCAGGAGCGGAUUUUGCGCAUGGAUGAGAAGCCCGUGGUGGUAUUUCGUGAGCUCCGCGAGAUGGGGCAGCAUCCGGCGAUUAUGUUGCGACAGGUGGAUAAUGGUGAGGAUGAGGGCGAGUCACAGACCCCGGGUGGGAAGCUCUAA